CCUUUAUUGAUCGUGUUGCUCAGCAUUUUGCUAUGAAGGAUCUUGGUGGCCUUCACUAUUUUGUUGGAGUCCAGGCUAAACGUUCUGAAAAUGUUUGUUUCUCUCUCAACACAAAUAUGUUUCUGAUCUUCUCUCUCGUUUCCAUUUGCAUGCGGCUAGGCCUCUUCGCACCCCCUUGCUACUCACACUUCUUUCUCUCUCACUGAUGGUGAGCUCCUUGCAGAUGACACUAAGUAUCGUAGUACGGUUGGUGCAUUACAAUAUUUAACUUUGACACGACCUGAUAUUACCUAUGUUGUACAUUUAGUGUCUCAGUUCAUGCAUGCUCCCCAUACUACUCAUCUCUUUGUUGUCAAUAGAAUUUCAGGUAUUGCAGGGGACCUUGGAUCACGGCUUAUGGUUAUGUCCCACUACACAGGCCACGUGUGUUAUUGCCUAUUCUGGUGCUGAUUGGACUGGUUGCCCGAACACAUCUUGGAAUUGCUCCACGAUGGGAUUUGCUGUCUUCCUAGGGCCGAACCUGGUCUCUUGGAAGUCUAAGAAACAACCCACAAUUUCUAAGUCUUCUACACUGGCAGAGUAUCGAGUUGUUGCUUACACCGUACAGGAUACUUUACACAUUCGUUCUAUUUUAUUCGAGCUUGGGUUUCCUGUGAAGGCUCCUGUUCAGUUAUUCUGUGAUAACAUCUUUGCUUCUUAUUUGACGGCUAAUCCUAUUCAGCAUGUUCUUAGCAAACAUAUUCAGAUAGACUAUCACUUCGUCAGAGAACGAGUUGCACAUGAAGAUUUGGUCGUGAAAUAUAUUCCUACACAACUACAGUUGACUGAUAUUUUUACUAAAAGUCUUUCUAGUCAGCAGGUUUCAUUUUUUUAAAAGACAACAUGUGUGUUGUAUCUUCCACACAGUAUGAGGCGGUGUAAAAGAAUAGAAUAUCUUUAGGAAUAUUGUUUCCUUUUGUAUCUUGAACUCUCUUAAUAUAUAUACAUAUGUCAGGACUCCUAUUGGAGAAUCUUUCCCGUUAAUUCUCACAGUAGGAAAGUAGAGGAAUGAUCAAGUAUUGAAAUUCACAGCGACCGUGUGGAGGUUAAACUCGUGUGCGCUAAGGUAAAUCUUUUGUGCGCAAGAGUAUAAGGUAUAUAACUAUAUAUACUGCCACUGAACUGAUUAGUCACCCUAAUUUACCAUCUCACAAAAAUAUUGUCAUGUCGGAACAUGGGAACUGGAAAGCCAUUGGGUUGAAUAUUCAACUUUUGGAGGAAUAUUAAUAUUAGCGUCGGUUGAUCGAAGAAGCCAGCGUAAUCCACAACUAAUAAUUGUUGGGUCCCUUGUUGAGUAGGAAACCAAGCCUUCCUAGUCAGCUCCACGAGGAAUAAUUACUGAAGAAACGGAAACUCGUUUUCCGUGGGUUGUAUGGGCCCUUGUUUGUCUACGAUGUGGCUGGCUCUGCCCCAAGUUCUACACCCAAUUGUGCUGUGCUCAUCCAUUUCUUCAAAACCAUUGCACCAUUUUAGCUCCUUAUUGAGAGGACCACAAGUGGAUUAUACUGAAUUAUGAUCACCUCAAACUUCUUCAGUAUGAAUAUUUGGAUUAUAAAUCAUGGUAUCCAACUAAGAAUCCAACCUUUCCCUAGUUCUCUCUCAUCUCCAUACAAAAUGUAAUAUCAUUAUAGAACAAAUAUUACGUAAUAUAAUAGGUUAAAUCUUACUUCUAUUUUUUCUCAAAUGGUCUAUUUUUUUUUAGGAUUUUUCAAGAAGAGUUGUGUGCUCUAGGUAUCCCAUUUUUAUCUCA